GUGAUUAUCACAAUUUUCACAAUCGACCCACUGGUAACUUUCACAAUGUAGACAGAGUUAAAGACAUAAUAUAGAUAAAAAUAAUUGAAUAUUUGAUUAUUAUCAGCGCAAUCUAUACUUGUGAAAAAAGUUGUGAGUACGUAAAAUAAAAUUCUUAGGCGCGAGUAUUUGAGCGUGUGUGCACUGUUGUUACUAUGACAUCGUAAGUUAUUUAUGUCCUAAGAUAGUACUUGAGUAACUUUGAAAGAAAAUUAAGUCUACCUACCCUCUUUUUUUUGUAUAAAUUAUUCGCAAAGCUACGUCACCGUUCGUUGAAAGAUCAAUAAGAUGAAUGAAGAAUGGAGAAUAGAGGAAGUUUAACAAGGUCUUUCUGAAAAUCGUGGAUAAGGAUUCACCAGAAGCACUCGAUACAUCAGAGACUAAAGAGAGUUCAGAGAUGACUAAGCGGACCAAGAGGUACAAGACAAACAAAAGGUCCGACACGUACAAGCGGUCCGAGGCGUCUCAAAAGAUUGAAAGAUCUGAAAAUCCGGCAAGAUCCGAGAGUCCUAAGAGAGCUGAAAGAUUUGAAACGCCCGCGGAACCAGAAAAACUAACAAAACUCGAUAAAACCGAAAACUUUGAGGAAUCCCACGAACUCCAUAAACCCGAGACAGUAGCUAACCCUGAGGUACUUGAUAAAUCCGAGAAACUCGAUAAACCUCAAAAGCCUGACGAACCCGAAACCCCUAGUAGGCCAUGCACUCUUGAGACAGUUCAUGAAGAAGAAGAGAUAAUAAAGCAUCCCUUGGAAUAUUCAUGGGGUAUGUGGUAUAUAACCAACGACAAGCGAAACUGGGAGGACAAUCUAGUGAAACUGACGUCCUUCGACACUGUUGAAGAUUAUUGGCGUUUGUACCACCACAUGAAACUGCCUUCACAACUGGGCAGCGGCAGGGACUACGCGGUGUUCAAAAACGAGUACCGUCCAAUGUGGGAGGACCCCGCGAACAGGAGCGGCGGCAGAUGGGUCAUCAGCUUUGACAAGAAACGCACCGAAGAGCUUGAUUCCAUCUGGAUGUAUUUGGUGCUGUUGAUGAUCGGUGAAAAUUUCGCAGUUCCCAGUGCUAUAUGCGGAGCCGUUGUUAACGUACGAGCCAGAAGUAGAGUUGCCUUGUGGGUGGCAGACUACAAGAACGAACAUGACAUCAUAGUAACAGGAAAGAAGAUAAGAGACACGCUUGGUCUCGGUGGCAGACUCUCAUUUCAACAGCAUAAUACGACUAAGAGCUUAUACACCAUGUAGUUAGUACAGAUUUGUAACAGUCACGACCCUACCGACAAAGACGUGCAGCUAAGCGAUUAUGCGUUCCGGUACG